GAAAAAUGGCUCUCGACUUGUCCUCUUGCACUUGGCGGUAUGUGGACAAGAAGGGACGCAUCCAGGGUCCCUUCGAGUCCCAGCAAAUGCGUGACUGGUUCAAUGCUGGCUAUUUACCUGCAAAACUGGAGGUUCAGCCCAUCGAGUCAGUUGCUUUCGCGUCCAUCCGGGAGUUUUAUCGAGGAGACACGCUAGACGAUGCCUUUGUCCUGGCACCCAGAUUGCCUGGAGGAGGUGUAGAAGCUUGGCGGGAUGGAGGAGGUGUAGAAGCGCAGCAACAACCUCCAAGAACGAAAGGCCCUAGGCCCACUGGUCCGCCUGAACAAAAGGGUCAAGUGGAAGCUGUCCAUCUAAAUGCUCUGGCAGCUAUGAAAGGAGGUAAAGGUCAUGGUCAUCCUCAGCAAGCGCCUCCUCAGCAAGGAUUAGUACACGCUGGACAACCACCACCUCAACAUCCACAACAUCCCCAUCAUCAACAUCUUGGAGGAGGAGCACCAGGAGCAGGGCGACAACAUCUUGGAGUACCAGUCCCACUGGGUGGAGUGCAUCAACAACAACAUCCACCCCAACAUUUAGUUGGUGCUGGGGUCCCGCCACCACAGCAUUUGAAAGGAGGAGCAGCAAUGCCAUCAACCCUUGCUAACGAUCCUCAGUUGCAAGUGGCAUAUCUGAAGGGUAAAGCUGCGCUGUUAGCAGGCAAAAAGGGCGUCCCGCCAGGCUUCCACCCACCAGGCAGACAUUUAUGACGAACUUUCAAACACCAUGGUGAUGGUCUUCAUCCUGCAGCAACUGUCAUAUUUCAAUUCGAUUGCAUAUGUAUUUUCUAUUUUUAGAGGCUAAAUUCUUGACAUGAGAAGGAUCACAAGCUGCACAGGGAUAGAAGUACGGAGUAACAUUUCAUGAACUUGCAGAUUUCAUGUACAUGUACCACGAGUGUACUUACAACUAUGUUCUUAUGAAGUGACUACUAGUUGCUUUCCGCGUCCGCCUGUACCUUUAGCAUCAUAAUGAUUGAAAUUUAUGUUGUGAUUUUGCAAAAAGAACACUCUCGCUCUAAUCCGUCCCGGCGCUCCAGGUGCUCCUGGACCAGGC